AUCUGGAGCCUUUCUACUCCGGGACUUCUUCAUUAAGCUGUUGGCUCGGUUGCCUAGUCGCCUUGUUACCUCCAUAAGUUUCACCUGAGACAGAUCCAGAUGGUCGAAGCACCUAUACAUAUCAAGACCGAAGAACCCAAAAUGGACUUCUGGAUACAUCAUCACAAUCAGUUCAACAUCCACAUGUUUGAUCGGCAAAGUCAACCUCGCCAGACCCUACACCAGCGGGACUGGAACAGCCACAGAGCAGAAAUCGAACAACUAUAUGCUCAGCAGGAAUUAAGGACUGUGAUGACAUACAUGGAAGACACUUACGCUUUUCAUGCAACCGAAAAGCAGUGGAAGAGUCAGCUCCGAAAGUGGGGCAUGAAGAAGAGAACUGGAGGGUCUGACUACAAAGCAAUGCUGAAGAAAAGGCGUGAGAGGGAACGAGAACGCCCAGGCAUCCGGACAGAAUUCUUCUUACGCGGUGAACUGAUUUCCCAAGCAAAAAUUGACCGGUAUGAGAGUGAAGCGCGGAAGAAGGGCAAGAUAACAAAGGAUGAUAUGUUCGAAGAAGUUCGUAGAAAUCCCUCCAUAUCUAACGUACAAAACGCCUCCAACCAGCCCAAACAUGUACGCAUCAGCUAGUUCACCAUCAGAACUGUCUCUAGAAAACGACACACUGUCUCUAGAAAACGAUACUCCAGCUCCAGAGAGGAUGUCAUCAAUGAUGCCCGUUUCUUCAGACGAGGCCAUGACUUGGU